AUGACAACGAACGAGGAAUUCAUUAGGACGCAAAUAUUCGGUACGGUUUUCGAAAUCACAAAUAGAUACAAUGACCUGAAUCCCGUAGGGAUGGGGGCGUUUGGUUUGGUUUGCUCAGCCACAGACACUUUGACGGCCCAACCAGUUGCCAUUAAGAAAAUUAUGAAACCUUUUUCCACGGCUGUGCUGGCUAAGAGAACGUACCGUGAACUUAAGUUACUAAAACACCUAAGACACGAAAAUUUGAUUUGCCUACAGGACAUAUUUCUUUCGCCAUUGGAAGAUAUAUAUUUUGUCACGGAAUUACAAGGCACAGACUUACAUAGACUCUUACAGACAAGACCCUUGGAAAAGCAAUUCGUCCAGUACUUCCUGUACCAGAUCCUAAGAGGUUUGAAAUACGUCCAUUCCGCCGGCGUCAUCCACAGAGAUUUGAAACCAAGCAACAUCCUAAUCAAUGAGAAUUGCGAUUUGAAGAUUUGUGAUUUUGGUCUGGCAAGAAUCCAAGACCCUCAAAUGACAGGCUAUGUCUCCACUAGAUACUAUAGGGCCCCUGAGAUCAUGUUAACAUGGCAAAAAUAUGAUGUCGAGGUUGACAUUUGGUCUGCCGGUUGCAUCUUUGCUGAAAUGAUUGAAGGUAAACCGCUGUUUCCAGGAAAAGAUCAUGUUCACCAAUUCUCUAUCAUCACCGACCUGCUGGGAUCUCCACCAAAGGACGUGAUAAAUACCAUUUGUUCUGAAAACACUUUAAAAUUUGUUACUUCAUUGCCACACAGAGAUCCAAUUUCGUUUUCUGAAAGAUUCAAGACAGUCGAACCUGAUGCUGUGGAUCUUUUGGAGAAAAUGUUAGUUUUCGACCCUAAGAAGAGAGUCACCGCGGCUGAUGCCCUGGCUCAUCCUUACUUGGCCCCCUACCAUGACCCUACCGAUGAGCCAGUAGCAGAUGCUAAGUUUGAUUGGCAUUUCAAUGAUGCUGAUUUACCUGUCGAUACUUGGCGUGUUAUGAUGUACUCAGAAAUUCUAGACUUUCACAAGAUUGGUGGCAGUGAUGGACAGAUCGAUAUAUCCGCCACAUUCGACGACCAAGUCGCCGCAGCCACUGCCGCGGCCGCACAGGCUCAAGCGCAAGUUCAGUUACAUAUGUCUAACCACUCCCACGAUGAUACUGGUGCCAGCGAUAACAAUCACUUAGACAUUACUGGUGGCAAUAAGAAUGCCGACCAUGUCGCCGCAAGUGAUACCAUUACGGACUAUGGCAAUCAAGCUAUUCAGUACGCUAAUGAGUUCCAACAGUAA